AACACUCUCCUCGAAAAAAUCUGUUGAAUACUAUAGUUUUGAUUAAGAUUUUUUUUAUUAUGUGUUUAAAUAAAAAUGGCAUUAUAAUGACACACUAUCUCACUUUGGGAUUGACGUUUGCAAAAUUAAAUUCGAAUUGGAUAAGGGAUGCGAAGGCCACCAUAUAUUCUUCGCCGCUGGUACCCGUGGGUAGCCUUGCUAUGUAUGUUUGAUGUUCAAGCUGGCGAGCUUCCCCACGGUUCCGGCUCCGUCUCAGGCGCCGGCGCCGAUAUACAACUUCCGCCACCAGCCCCAACUUCAAACCGUCAAAUUUAGUCCAAAACCCAACAAAUUAGGCUCGUUUGCGACUACCUCCGUUCCAAAAUCGGCAGGUUCAGUUUGCACCCCAACACCUGAGGAAGAUUCUAUAACUGUAAGACCCACUUUGAAGAAUCAGAUCAAGAAACCAUUAACACUAUCCGAAAAGAUUACGCAACUGUGCGAAUCCAAAAGUUCGUCGGAAGUUUUCCGUACAUUUCAAGAAUACCUCGACAACGCCCUUUACCACUCGUCUGAAAAAUCCGAGGCCUUAGGCGUCCUCUUACAGGCCUGUGGUAAACAAAAGGACAUUCAAACGGGUCGUAAAGUCCAUGAAAUGGUUACUAAGUCGACCCGAUUAAAAGAUGACGAUAUACUCUGUACGCGGCUCAUCACAAUGUACUCGAUGUGCGGGUAUCCUUCCGAUUCUUGCUCUGUUUUCCAUCAAUUACGAAGCAAAAAACUGUACCAAUGGAAUGUUCUUAUGAGUGGGUACACAAAGAAUGAGCGUUGGUUUGAUGUUAUUUGUUUGUUUAUUGAGCUGAUGACUUCAACCCAGGAAAGGCCAGACAAUUUUACCUUUCCUUGUGUUAUUAAAGCUUGUGGAGGGGUUCUUGAUGUGGGUUUGGGGGAAGCUAUUCAUGGGAUGGCAUCAAAGAUGGGUUUGGUUAGCGAUGUCUUUGUAAGCAAUGCGUUAAUUUUCAUGUAUGGGAAGUUUGGUCUUGUUGAGGAAGCUAUAAAAGUGUUUAAGCAUAUGCCUGAGAGGAAUUUGGUUUCGUGGAACUCAAUGAUUUCUGGGUUCUCAGCAAAUGGAUAUAUUGAACAAAGUUUUGAUCUUUUCAGGAAUAUAUUUACAGGGGAUGAGGCUCUCGUUCCAGACACAACUACUAUGGUUAUUAUGCUGCCAAUAUGUGCAGCUGAAGAGGAAGUGGAAUUCGGGAAGAUUAUUCAUGGUUUAGCUGUAAAGCUAGGAUUGGCUAAUGCGUUAACAGUGAAUAAUUCACUAGUGGAUAUGUAUUGCAAAGUUGGGUACUUUGCUGAUGCACAGAUUCUGUUUGAGAAAUAUGAGAGCAAAAAUGUAGUUUCUUGGAACUCGAUUAUCAGGGGUUAUUCAGGUGGAGGAGAUGUUAGAGGAACAUUUCAUCUUACAAGAAGGAUGCAAAGUACCAGUGAGUAUGUGAAGGCGAAUGAGGUCACCCUAUUGAAUGUUUUGCCCGUGUGCCUUGAGGAGUCAGAGCAGUUGAUAGUGAAAGAAUUGCACGGUUACUCGCUUAGAAAUGGUCUUGAAUUCCAUCAGUUGUUAACAAAUGCUUUUAUAGCUGCCUAUGCAAAGUGUGGAUUGCACAAAUAUGCUGAGCUUGUAUUUUAUGGAGUGGCGAAUAAGACAGUAAGCUCUUGGAAUGCACUGAUAAGUGGCUGUGCUCAGAAUGAGGAUCCAUCCAAGGCUUUGACUCUCUCCUCUGAAAUGAUGGAUUCUGGCCUGCUUCCUGACUGGUUUACUAUUGGUAGCCUUCUGCUUGCUUGUUCCCACUUAAAACUGCUACAUUGUGGUACACUAAUUCACAGUUUAGUGCUUAGAAAUGGUCUAGAAACAGAUAUGUCUACACGGGUCUCCCUAAUCUCAUUUUAUAUGAAUUGUGGAAAACCAGAUAUGGCACAAUGUCUGUUUGACAGGAUAGAAGAUAAAAAUGUGGUAUCCUGGAACGUGAUGAUAGCUGGUUAUUUGCAGAAUGCAGUACCAAAUAAAGCCUUUUGUCUGUUUCGUGAUAUGGUAUCUCAUAGAUACCAACCUGAUGAAAUUUCUGUUACAAGUGUAUUAGGGGCUUGUUCAACAUUGUCUGCUAUCAGGCUGGGGAAAGAAGUUCAUUGCUUUGCAUUAAAAAUUAACCUUAUAGAGGAUAGUUUUGUCCAUUGCUCAAUCAUAGACAUGUAUGCAAAAUCUGGAUUCAUAGGAAUGUCCAAGUAUGUUUUUGAUCAUAUUCUGCUCAAAGAUAUUGCAUCAUGGACAGCUAUGAUUACUGGAUAUGCAGUUCAUGGACUUGGAAUGGAGGCCAUCGAGCUAUUUCAGGAAAUGCAAAAAUUGGGCUUCAACCCUGCCAGCUUGACAUAUGUCUCUAUUUUAAUGGCGUGUAACCAUGCCGGGCUCAUUGAAGAAGGUCAACAAUAUGUUAGAGAGAUGCAGAUCUUGCAUGGUCUAAAACCAGAAUUGGAGCAUUAUGCAUGCGUGAUUGACAUGCUGGCUCGUGCUGGACAGUUUGAUGAUGCCUUAAAUCUCAUGGCUGAGAUGCCUAUGCAGCCAGAUACUCAAAUUUGGUGUUCGUUGCUCAAUUCCUGUAUAGUUCACGCCCAGUUAAAUCUUGGGAAGAAAUGUUCUAAGAAGUUACUGGAAUUAGAGCCAAAAAGAGCAGAAAUUUAUGUUCUAGUAUCCAAUUUUUUUGCCAGAUAUGGGGACUGGGAUUCUGUUAGACAAUUGAGGCAAAAGAUGAAGGAAUUAGGCUUGCAAAAAGAAAUUGGUUGCAGUCAGAUUGAAAUAGGAGGAAAAAGCUAUAACUUUGCUGUUGGCAAUAUGCUUUCCAAGCCGUAAGAGCUCUAGUGAAGAUUGAUAUGACCAAAAGGAAACAAGUGAAUUGGUUAGUACCCGAGAUGAUUUGGUGCUUCAGCAUUUGAACGGAGAGGAACAAAGAAUAAAAUUGAGGCAGCUAGCUACAAGAAACUGUUUAGAAUCACUUGUGACUUGACUCACGUUCUUCUUGUUGAUGACUCAAAAUCUUUCCUCUAGGAAAGCACUUCACAAAUUACCGUAAUAUGCUUCAAGUUAGUGCACGCAAUGAUUGUUAGGGAGAUUAUCACAAGGAUUAGAAUAAGAGGCACUCUCUCACACUUUUGAAGAUGGUUCCUCUGGAUACCUCUAUGAGUCGAUUUGAGAGGGAGAGUGCCUCUUAUCCAAGCCCUUUGGAUACCUGUACGAGUCGAUUUGAGAGAGAGAGUGCCUCUUAUUCCUUGUUAGCAAUGGGUGCUUGAUUUCAAGAAUGACUCCUCCAGCGAAUAUGUUCAAGUUUUCAAAGAAUCAUUUGAAGAGCAAUGUGGCAGAAGAUGUUCUAAAACAAAAGUUCAGUAUGUAAUUUCAGUUCUCAAAAAAAGAUGAGAACGACAAGGUUGAUACUCCAAGAGCCAAGAAUUCCAUGGUAAUCUUAUUCAACCUCGAUACUACUACCUAGAGUAUUUAGGCUUCUCGGGUCAGAGCUUAAGCUAGUGAUGCUUUUGGCUACUAGACUUUCCCCAUGUGCAAUAUUCGGGUUUUUUCACCUAUCUCCCUCUAUGCUUUGCCGUAGUUAUUCUUCUGGCAUUAUUUCGACAAAAAAAAAAGAGAUUCCUCUGGCAUUAUGACCUUUACCACAGCAAUGUUGUCCUCUGGAAUUAUGAUGUUGUCCCCUUGGUUGGUGCUUCUUAGUAUUUUGUUGUUCAUAUGUCAAACUUUGUCUUGUUAGGUGUAAAUAGAAAGUGGAAUUAAAUAUGGGGGGAUAAGGGAGUUGUUUUCAUUGUUUAUCAAAGGGGGAGUUGGAUACUUCUCCCACCUCAGCUUUUCGAUCUUUUCUAGAACUUGACGUAAAUAAGGAAGUAUUAUUACUUUUACUCUUCUUCGACCAUACCAAACAACUAGAAGUUAAUCUGUUUCAAUUUGUUUGUGUUCCUUCUCUUUUAUCAACAAUCAAUUUGUAUUCUUGUAUCCAAAAGUCACAACCAGUUGCCGCGAUGAGUGUAUUCAACAAA